CCUCUGACGCGGAGGAGUGCGCACUUCUCUGUGCCUGCAGCAGUUGGCUGUGGUGCGCAGAGCCAGAGACACCUCGGGCUCUGAAGUGGGCUGGGACUUGGAUGGAUAGGCGGCUAGUCCGCUAGUCCGCUAGUCCGUCCGCUUCUCUCUGCCUGGCCAGGCUCCUUGCUUUCCAGUCUGUCUCCGGAUAGAGCAUUCUAAGGGUGCAUUUCUUCCACAGGUUACCUGUGACUGCAAAAUACUGAAUUCUCAAGAGCUCUGAGUGGAACCAGAAGUUUCUGUUUGCAAGGAUUUGGAAAAGUACUUCAGCAUCUAUAUCCUUUAUGGUCUCUUGGUUGCUGCUUAAUUCUUCUCCCCAAACAGAAUGAACACUUCCUUCCAGGGAGUGUCUCCUUUCCUGUUAGAAAUGGAAAGUACCGUUGAUUGGCUCGGAGAAAAUGUCAGUUGGGUCCCAUCAAUCGAGGAUCAAAGCUGCAAUUACACAAACCUGAAUGGAACCAAUGUCUCCAGUACAGAAUGGGGAGGGCCAGCAGGAUCAGUCAGCAAAUGGUUAGGGGGCAAUCCCCACAUUAUGGCAAAGAUUGUGCUGUCACUAGCUUAUGCUGUCAUCACAGUGAUAUCUCUCUUUGGCAACUCCCUGGUAUGCCAAGUUUUUGUCAAGCACAAGGAAAUCAAGAAAUCAACAGGCCUUCUCAUCUUCAAUCUGGCAAUCUCUGAUAUUUUGAUAAUCCUGCUCAACAGUCCAUUUGCACUGGCUCGUUUCCUGAGUGGACAGUGGGUUUUUGGUAGGAUCAUGUGUCAUGUCAGUCGUUUUGCUCAGUACUGCUCCCUCCAUGUUUCGACGCUUACAUUGAUGGCAGUUGCCAUGGACCGGCAUCGGGUAAUUCUGCACCCAAUGAAGCCAAGGCUAACACACUCCCAAAGUUUACUGGUUGUUGCCGUGAUCUGGAGUAUUGCAGUGUUCCUUGCUCUGCCACAUGCAAUUUAUCAAAAUCUGUUCACUUUUGUCAACCCGGAUGGCGCUGCCCGGAGCUACUGCCUCCCUGCUUUUCCCGGGCCCAGCAAGCUGGUUUCGAAGUAUGUGGACCUUGGGACAUUUCUCUUGCUGUAUAUCUUGCCGCUCGCGGUGAUUGUUGUAACGUAUUCUCACUUAGGAAAAAGGCUGUGGGUACAGAACGCCAUCGGUGACGCUUCUGCUCGUCAGCUUGUGGCACACUACCAGAAGCGCAAGAAGACGAUCCGGAUGCUGAUCCUUAUUGUAACGGUCUUUGCAGUUUGCUGGUUUCCACUUAAUUUCUAUGUGGUUCUUCUUUCCAGCGCAGGUGUAGAAAAUGAUAGUGUGCUUUUCUAUGCCUUUCACUGGUUUGCAAUGAGCAGCACCUGCUACAAUCCUUUCAUCUACUGCUGGCUCAACAGGAGCUUCCGUGCCAAACUAAGAUCUAUAUCAUCUUUCAAGGUUCAAUCACUGUUUCUGUGUAGGGGCUCCCAGGUUCAGCAGAUAAAAGCACAGGAGAGUCAUGAGCUUCGGAAACUCCACACAUCUUCACUGCUACGAGUCCCCCUGGCUGUUCCAGAGCCCCAGGCUUUUGAGGAUCCUAGUUUGGCUAUAGGGGAUAAUUCCCAUGUCUCUGUCCAAGGGGAAUGGGAAGAUCCAGACCCCACCCUAGAUGAGGAAGCAGGGCCCUCAACCCAGGAUGCUUACUUUUGCAUCCACAUGCAGACUAGCAUUCACUAAGAUGGGUGCCCACCUGAUCCACUGGAAUCUCAUUUAAUGAGUACCUUGUCACAGACAAUUCAGUUAAAGAUGGGAUAACCUCUAACUUAGAUGCUAAGAACAGUGUUUUACUAUCAUGUGCAUCCUCACAAUCCCGGAUUGUUUUAUGGUUUUAGUUUGUAGUUCUGGCAUCACAACUCUACUUAAUGAGUCCUCUGUACAAUACUGUGGAAAACUGUGCCAGACCCUGACAGAUUUGUGGACUUACCUACCUUACAUUGCAGAUGAAUUUAUGUGAACUAGAUUUCCUGAGUAAGAUCCUUUUUUGCCUCCAAUUGUGGCCUGUGAUUAUCACUAGUAGUGAUUAUAAGACAGAGAAACAGUUAUUGAUAGAGGUCAGUGUAAAGAAUUACUGGGAAGAGUACUUGGUAAGCCACCUCUGUCAAUAGGAACACCUUUUUCUUCUCUGCCCUUGUGCACUGACUUGGUGCUUCCUAUAAGUACUUUCUCCAUCAAUUUAGUCUGAGGCAAAUAUUCAUGUUAAGGAACAAGAAUCACUGGUGAAUGACUCUGGACUUCUAUCACCCCAUCUUUGUAAAUGUGACUCCGUAAACUCAGUCUACAGAUCUUUGAUUAUAGACUGAUUUCCCAGCUUCAGACUUUUCAUCUUGUGUAUAACUAUAGACUUUAUCUGGAUGAACUACUAGCUAAUUUGUACUAAUUUGUGCUAGCUAAUUUAACUAGUGUACACUGGCAUAUGUGGACUCUGAUGAAUUUAUUGACCUUUCUAUUAGAAUUGUCCAUCUGAGUUGACUACUGACUUGAGGUCAUACCUUUCUCCUAAUACUUUCAUGACAACUAGAUUAGCAUUUCCAAAACCCCAAUCUUCUCCCUACCAACUUCUUCUUCUUCUUCUUCUUCUUCUUCCUCUUCUUCUUCUUCUUCUUCUUCUUCUUCUUCUUCUUCUUCUUCUUCUUCUUCUUCUUCUUCUUCUUCUUCUUCUUUUUGGCAUCCUAAAUUGGAACAUGACAUAAUCAAGUGCUUACAUGUACAUACAUGCAUACAGAUUUAUGUUGACACAGGUAUAAGCAUGUAUACAUAUCGUUACCUCUCAUGCUACCCACCCGCCUGGUGCUCUCACUUAUUUCUACCUGUAAUUUCCAUGCUAACUGAGCCUAGACAAGAUUUCAUGCCUUAAAGUGAAGUCUUGGAGGUUCUGAGGUUGUGGCAAAUUUUUGCCUCUGGAAUCAGCAUUUCUUUAGUUGGUGCUUCAUUUUUUUCUUUGAUUUUAUUUUAUUUUUUGAUGUUGUCUAUCUCCCUGUGACAUUUGUACAGAUUCAUAAUAUAAGCUGUGCUCCUCUGUGCUAAUUCCAUUCCUUUGCGGUUUUCUAUGCUUUUUCCUAACUCUAUCACAUUAUCAUUAAUGGCUUUAGUUUUAUUUCCCUUUCUCAUAUACCCAUUUCAACUCAAUUUACUUUAAUUAACAUUCUAUAUGUUCUUUUUAAAGUAUAUCAGUUUUUACACGCUGGGUAUAUUAUGCAUUCUCAUUUAAACAUACCCUCGUAGAGUACAACACUGGUCCUUUUUACUUUCAACAUUUCACCCUGGUGCUCACUUUUCCAUAUUUAUUUGUUCUGGGCUAUUCAAACUUGGAUUUUGGUUGCUGCCUUAACCAGAGGUUCACAACUUCUAUGCUGAGGCUCAUCAUCUCUUCAGUAAUUGAAGCCUCCUCAUUUCCGGUGCUUUGUUCCACAGGAGACUCUUUCUCAGUUUGCUUCCCCUGCUUUACUUUCUCUCUCUCUCUCUCUCUCUCUCUCUCUCUCUCUCUCUCUCUCUCUCUUCCUCUUUCUCUCCAUUUCCUUCCUUCCCUCUCCCUCCCCUUCUCUCCUUCUUUCUCUCUUUUUUCCUUGUUCUCUCCUUCCUUUCUUCUCCCCCUCCUCUCCUUGGUGUGGAGCUAAAGUAUAAAUUAAUUCAUUAUGGCUUUUCUGGUUUUCCCUAUACACAUAUCCACCUAUUUCAGUUUCAUACACAUUUUUUCACAAGAUUUCCUUCCUACCCAGGAGAAGAGUGAACAGUCUAGUAGUUCAUGUGUUAUGUUGGCUUAGAAAAUCCAUCAGAGGGCACCAUGUGCAAGGAUAUUGCGAAGAGUCUAACAAACAGUUUCCUUGCAUUCUUUAAUGAGGUUGUUCUUGCUAGCUAUAUAGUUUGCUUACAUUUUUGUGAAUAGUUAUAAUUUAAUAUCUAAUUAUAAAUGAAAGUGUUAGUAUCUGCUUAUAAAUUUAAAAAUAUCAUUGUGAAACGAUUUCAACUAACUUCAUGUAGAAUACAAAUUUAUUCAUGGCCACAAACUCUACUUUAGGUAUGGGACCUUUGGAUCUAAUUGAUUUACUUUAGCAGAGAGUGGAUGGCUCUAAGAAACCUGUUACUAAGAGAAAUCUAGCAUAUAUUCAAUUUGUGUGAUGAAAACAGCAUUUGUACACUUAAAAGUACUUUGUGCUUUGAUUUUCAUGUAAGGCAAGAAGUCUCUAUAAUGGAAACAAGUUUAGGACUCAGAAUAAUGGACCAAGGCUUUGUUUUGUUUUUGAGUCAACUAUUUGUGUGACCUUAAGAAAGUCAUGUGGCCUUAGUGUGCCCCAGUUUCCUUAUCUAUACAAGGUGGAUAAUAAUAUGUACUACCUGAUAGGGCUAUUGCAAGAGUUAUCUGUGCUAACAGAUAUUAUUAUUGUUAAUAGGUUCGUUUCUUGUUACCCACCUUGUGAUUAUUGCUGUUAAUAUUCUAAUUGUAAAUGAUAAUACUAUUGUUGUUAAAUAUUGUUAAAUUGAUGUUACUGUGCUCCCCUUGAAGUGCUGACCAGUACAAAACUAAGAAGGCUAUGAAGAUAUUUAAGAAAAGACCACUGUUCUAUCUCACUGGGGAAACAGAGAAGCUUCUACUGCCUGUUUAGAUUACUUGAAACUAGGUUGUACAGAACAGCUGAGAGGAAAGAAAUUUCCAGAGCAGAAACAGAGACACUAGCUGAAUUCUGGACAACUGAAGCACAAGCCAAGUAAUAGACAAAUGAUAUUUUCGAGUCAGUCCCUCAAGUAGGGGUUUUAGUAUUUUAGCAUUUCUGCUCUGAGAAAGGUGGCAGAAAAGAAAUCAAAGGAGAAAACUUGAAAGAUGUGAAGUGUUUACAAAGUAUAGAAAUGACACAGGGUUUCUACUCUGAAUUGUCAUCUCUUUUCUAAGAACCCUUUAUUUAUGAUUCAAUGUAAUUCUCAAUAAUUGUAUUACAUAUUUAUUUUUGUUAAUGUUUUAGAAAUCAUAGUAAUAGAUUGUGAUAGUACUCAUUUACGGUGCUCUUCUAAAGUGUGCUUAAAGUGUUUUAUGGUGUUGUAUUUAACCAUUUCUCUGCCAAAAUAGUUCACAAACAAAUAUCCUGUUUUAUUUAUGUGUGUUUGUUUAUAUGGAACACUGAAACUCCCAAAAGAAUUAAUAUUGAUGUUGGACUUUGGUAUGGGUUAUGGUUGUGGGAAAACCACCUAGACACAGCAACUGCUUCUGGAACUGUUCUGUUUGACAACCAGCUAAGGUGAAUUAUACUCUGUAGCUCUAAGUUCUACACUGAAGCUCUACUCAGAGAAUAUGUUCAAAAUCAGGGAAGAGUCAAAGUGAGGGUGUAAUGUUGGCUGGGUCUGUGAUUAUUUUGUGUCAGAUGGGUUUUGUACUUAAGUAUAUUUUGACUGGAAUAAUUUUUCAAGUGUUUGAAACUACACACCUUUGUGAAUCCUUUGUGAAUCCUUUGUGAAUCCUUUGUGACUAUGUAUGUGCUCAAUUAAAAAUUAAUA